AAUAAGUGUGAAGUCCAGCGUUUCGUCCUCCAAUGGGAUUAGCCAGGGGCGGGGCAUGAAUGUUUACCGCUUCAUUCACUGCUAGUCGGUGUUGGGUUGUUGUUGACAAGAUGGAGUUUUUACUGGGAAAUCCAUACAGUACACCGGUGGGACAGUGCAUUGAAAAGGCUACAGAUGGCUCCUUACAGAGUGAAGACUGGACUUUAAAUAUGGAGAUAUGUGAUAUCAUCAAUGAAACAGAAGAUGGGCCCAAGGAUGCCAUAAGGGCUGUAAAAAAGAGACUUAAUGGUAAUAAGAAUUACAGGGAAGUGAUGCUGACUUUGACGGUCCUUGAGACAUGCGUGAAGAACUGUGGUUACCGUUUUCAUGCUCUUGUCACCACCCGGGACUUUAUUGACGGCGUUCUAGUGAAGGUCAUUUCGCCUAAAAACAACCCCCCUGCUAUAGUGCAAGAUAAAGUGCUCGCCCUUAUACAGGCUUGGGCUGAUGCUUUCAGGAGUAGUCCAGAUUUGACGGGUGUGGUCCAUGUCUAUGAGGAAAUGAAAAGAAAAGGCAUAGAGUUCCCAAGGUCAGACAUGGAGACCUUAUCACCUAUCCACACACCACAGCGGUUGCAGAACGCUCCAGAGGCAGAUCAUAAAUACAAUGCUCCAGCCCAGCCCAAACCCCAGCCCCAGCCAGGCUCUGUCCCUGCCUACUCUGCUCCACUUGCCCACACCUCCCCACAAAUCCCCAAUCUGCAAAUGUCUGGACCUAUCAACCCGACUCCAGAACAGAUUUGCAGGCUACGCAGUGAGCUAGACAUUGUGCGUGGGAACACUAAAGUGAUGUCUGAGAUGUUAACAGAAAUGGUGCCUGGCCAAGAGGAUCCUUCAGACCAUGAGCUUCUGCAGGAGUUGAAUAGGACCUGCAGGGCCAUGCAGCAGAGGAUAGUGGAGCUGAUCUCUCGCGUUUCCAACGAGGAGGUCACAGAGGAGCUGCUGCAUGUCAACGACGACCUCAACAAUAUCUUCUUGAGAUACGAGAGAUACGAGAGGUUCAGAUCCGGUCGAACUGCUCAUGGUGUCAAUAACGGGGUCCUGAGUGAAGCUACUGAGGAUAACCUGAUUGACCUGGGACCAGGGUCUCCAGCAGUGGUCAGCCCCAGAAUCAGUGCUACACCUCCCUCCAACCUGCCUUCCACUGUAACACCUGCCCGAUCAGCUUCCCCCGCCACUCUCUCCUCUAGACUAGCCGGCAUUGAUGUGGGUGCUGACAGUGUUAGUGGCACUCUGAGUUCUCUAAGCAGCUGUCAGCCGCAAGACGACUUUGACAUGUUUGCCCAGACCAGAACCGGCACAUUGUCUGACCAGCGGAAAAAUACACCAUUUGAAGACACACAGGCUGCAAGUGGAGCGGCUCCUACUCUUGAUGUUAAACAGCAGAACUCUGCAGGGGACGCUCUUGUCCAGUCCUCUGUCAUGGAUGACAUUGAGGAAUGGCUCUGUACUGAUGUGAAAGGAGACGAAGGAGAAGAAGGUGUGACAAGUGAAGAAUUUGAUAAGUUUUUGGAGGAGAGGGCUAAGGCAGCAGAGAUGGUCCCCUCCCUUCCAACGCCCCCUGGUGGAGACCCUGCCACAGCAGCAGGCUCAGCUGCAAAUGCUGGUAAAAAAGCUGAACGGUCUGAGGACGCAAUGUUUGCCUUGUAGACGGGGUCUUUAACUCCUCACCGUGUCUCAGCAGUGCUCAGGCCCCUGCGCGUGGUAAGUGGGCAGUUGUGCAGACCCAAGGGCCUCUUCUCUCUCUCCUCUGCUUCCUUCAUUACUACACAAUCAACACUAUGACGGCUGCCUACUAUGCAGUUUGUACCCUUGGGCGUGAUCAGACUGGUUUUGUGAAGGUAUCCUGAAGAAACGUUUUCAUAUUGGACAUUUUCAUACACUACAAGGUUUUAAUUUCUAAAGCCACCUCCAAACCCACCUCCACCCCAAAAGAAGCCCCACUUUACAUAAGCAUGAAAGGUCAUUGUCAUAAUGUAUGAACAUAUUAAAGCAAACAGCAGGAGCUGGAAAAUGUUUUACUUACCAACAUCCUCAGUUAUGCAUGCAGCAACAAGACAAUUCCCAUUUUACCUGUUUCCCAAGUGCUUAUUUUCCUGGUUUCCACAUUCUUAAAAGAAGUUGAAGAAGUGAUUAUUUUCCCAUUAAUUAUCUUUGUCUGUAGAUUCUUUAAAUGGUAGAUAAAGAACAGCUUUUCUUUAGUGUCAUUUAGCGAGCUACUGCUAGUGUAACUUUGAAGUUUCCAGUUGGCAGAUGUCACUAAUGUCUCUUGACUACAGAAGAUUACGUUUUGGUAAGAUAAGUUGAUGUUUAUUCAUUUUAGCUGUGUGCAUCCCAUGUAGUGCAAUACCUGAAGGCUUUAGUGAAGGCUUUAGUGUCACAAUGAAACUGAGGCACAGAGAAGACAAACCAAUUUCAGUGUCCAGGAAUUUAUUGGAUUUUAGCAGGUUUUUGCUUGAUCACAGAUUACUUCAGCUGUUAUACAAAAGGAACAGUUAGGUUUUUAUCAUAUAGUACAGUAAAUUUGGUUCAUUUGGCAUCAUUUGGCUACCUGAACAUUGUGCUGUGUUUUUGUUUUACCUCAAAAAGGAAAGUUCUUCAGUAGACUGUACAGUUGAUUCUAAACUGUAGGUGUUGAUGGAGUGGUAGAUUAUUUUUGUGUGCCUCUCGCAGGGUGGUUGGUCAUGCUUUGUCAUUUUACAUGUAAAAACAAUAUGAGAAGUCAAAAAGGGAUAUAAUGUUUAAUAUUUAUAUUUUAGUAUAAUUUGCACUGAAACUGUUUGCUGGCUUUUUAGGCUGUGUGAAAAGAGAGCUGUCGUUCAAAUGCAAAUCCUAGCUGUCAUUCAUUGUAAAUGCUGCCUGUUAUGAGAGAGCUGUAUUCCAAGUAAAUAGAGUUCAUUUAAACCUGAUGGUGACUGCGAGGCAGUUUAAAUUGGAUUUUCCCUUACUCAACUACAGUAGAAAUGAUGUCAAGCUCACUGUUGUUACUUGGGAAUGAAAUAGGUCCGCCUUAAUGAACAGAAGUCCUUUAGUUAAAGAAGGCAAAGGUGACAUUUAUUUAAUGUUUGGUACUCUCAUGUUUGCACAUCUUUGAACUUUGGUCUGUAUGUUGAUUGUGCCCUUUGAUAUCAUUUUAGUGCUUUUCUGGUGUACGUGACUUGCAGUUGGGUGCACAUACUGUUUUAAUGGACCAAGUGUAAAACCUGAACAAAUUUUAGCAAUUUGCUUAAUGACCAAGUCAACAUUAUGCACAGAGUAUAGUAUGAGUAAGGGUGUGCAGAAAGUUAGCUGUAAUGUAAAAUGAUUAUAUAUUUUCUGUGUGUGUUGUUGCAUUGAUAUUAAUUUAAUGAGCCAUGCAGUAGAUGGUAGAUGGCACAGUUGGUUGCGUUUGUAACCUGUGGUCCUCCAGGCAUGGUGGUCAGACAUCCAAUUUUCAGUUUUACACUUAUGAUGCUUGUUUGAUACCUGCAUACUUCUGUUUGGUCACUAAACUUGGUAGUCUACAAUCUAGCAAAGGGAAACACGAUAUUCUGUAAAGAAACGGACAUGGCUCACAGCUUUGUGCUAAAUGAAGGUCAAUGACUUUUUGUCCAGUUAGAGAAUGGACACCCUUGUCUGCUGAUUAACCCAGUUGUUUGAAAAUAGAUCAAUAGAAAGGGAGGGGGAAGGAGGAAGUCGGCCUAUCCAUGAACAGCUCACAGCUAUAUUCUUUUAUAGAAACCAUUGCGAGGUUAGACAGUUUUUACAGAACGUCAGCAAGGAUCUUAUUCAACUUAUAGGGGAAUUUCCAUUGAUUUUUCAGAACGCAGUGGUUAAUAUGUAAACAAUCAUUGAGAGUGGUUUGAUGUGAAAUGCUCCAUUCUAGAGAAACUUAACAAGUCAGACUUGUUCACAGUAGUUGCAUUACAUCUGAGGCAUUGCUUUACAAUAGUUUUGAGAAUAUUUUGCCUGAAACAUUUUUUUAAAUCCAUAUUUUUUUAAAUCCAUUCAUGAUUUGGGGUACAUGUAGGGCGUUGUGAGGCAAAAUAGUCCCCAAAGGAAACUUUUUUCAAUUUUUUGCUGAUCAACACUACAUGUAAAGUUCCGAAGGCACAUGUAGGUUCACCGUUAAUUUUGGAUAGUAAAUAAAAUGGCUAUAUUUGCGUUAUAAACAUGACUCCUGGUUCCUUUCACCACAACUGUAAAGAAAUCUGAGUUUCUCUACAAUGAACGAUUUCACGUUAAACCACUGUGAGUGACUUUACAUCUCAACCACUGAAUUACACAAAAAUAUCUGUGGGGAAAAAAACAGUGGAAUUCCUCUUUAGAGUUUAGAGUCACUACAUAAUGUUGAGUUGCCAGUUUAAAGUUCUGCACUACUGGACUUGCCUAGGUCGGCAGGGUGAAAACAACAAAUUUUGAUGUGUGGUAAUGUUAUUUAGAUUACACGACAGAAAAGCUACACCCAAUCUGUUCUAACAAUGUAACCUUGUACAUGCAAACAGAAAAAUAUUUUAAAUCACUAAUAAAAUGUAUUUCUGUAUUUUGACACAGUUUCUCAUUAGACUGAAUUUGAUUUUUGCCAAUGUUCUGUAAAGCUUGAAGGCGUAAGCAUGGAUAGGUCUCUUGUAAUAGCAGUUUACGUUUGCUUACAACAGUAAUGUCAGUUAUCUGCCUAUGUAGCUUUCUGAAUAUUGUUGCAUUGCAUAAGGUGAUGGUUUUUAAGGCUUAUUCCAAGGCAGUUUCAUAGAGUAGACAGUGGGUUGGUGAAACUUGAACCUGCGAGGUAUAAAGAAGAUAACUUUACCCAGUGAAGUAAUUUCAGUUCUCAGAAAGUAUGACCUUUAAGGAAACCCUACAAUGCUUUGACUUUAAUACUUUUUUUCUCUGUUAAAGCUCAACAAAUCACAACACUGCUACACAUUUACUGUUUAUUUUGUUGGCUCUCAGUACACUAAAAUUAAAUAGAUAUUUCAGACUGGUUUUCAAGGAACCUAAUUUCUUUCACACAAGAAGUUAGUAGAUACUGUAUUCCUUAACUAGAUGACACCUGUAAUCCCUUCUACCCACCUUAAGGAUGCUAAAAGCCUGGUGUGGGGUGAUGUAUUGUUUUAUCAACAUAGCAACACUAAUCAAAUAUGUACAUUUUUGUUUGUCAUAUUUUUGGGGUAGAUGAAACACUUGUGAGCUUCUGCACUACAUAAUUUAUGUUUUCCACUUGAAUAUAGCUGGGACUGUAAAACUACAUUUGGUGAAUGUAGGAAUUACUUUAAUUUGUUUUUUUUUGUUUGUUUCAUAAUGUCAGUAUUGGGACAGUAACAUUGAAUGCGAUGAUCAGUUUCGCACUUUUUGAGUUUUGUGUGUUGAUUGUCAUGCUUGUGUUCAUGUAAAACCUAUGAGAUUUUGUUUUGUUUUGCCUUGUAAGUUGUUUAGAGGCUGUUUCGCUCCAUGUUUCUUUAAGUACGACUAUCAGUUUAAGUCUGAAUACAAUUCAUUUAUUUAUUAUGGGAGAAAACAUCUCACAAACCUGCUCAAAAUGAUCACCAGUAGUGGUCAGUGGUACUCUCCUAUACUCACCAUGGGAUCAGAUUAGAUGAAUUUGUUCAGAAAUUACACACAUUGUAUUCAGAACAUUUCCAUGUAUUUAGAGAAAUAGCACUUUUCUUUUUACUGGAGAUGUUUGAGGUUUCUGUGUGUCUGUUGUAUGUGCGUGAACAAGUUUCCGUUACUUGAUUGCUGCAGAAAACCUGUUCAUUUUUUCGGAGAGAAAGGAGGACGAGCGACCGGAUCGUGAGUGCACUGUGUGAGAGAGAGUGUGUGGGGCAUGGAUAAGCUGUACUCUGUUGGCCAGUGAUCACUGCUGUCCACUGAUCGUGGUUUUGCAGAUUGUACUGAUAUGCUGGUCUGUGUGCUUACCCGUUGUUAUACCUCAAGUUGCACUCUAUACUGUUUGAUUCAUGCAUGUGUUAAUCUCCAAUAAAGCAUACCACGUCGGUGACCUUUCAUCAAAUAA